CCGCCGCCGCCGCCGCCGCUGCCGCUGACGCCGAGACCCGGCUGGGCCGCUGUCGCUGUCGCCGCUGUCGCCGCCGCCGCCGCCGCUGCCAUGGCUCAAUACAAGGGCGCCGCAAGCGAGGCCGGCCGCGCCAUGCACCUGAUGAAGAAGCGGGAGAAGCAGCGCGAGCAGAUGGAGCAGAUGAAACAGCGCAUCGCGGAGGAGAACAUUAUGAAAUCCAACAUUGACAAGAAGUUCUCUGCGCACUAUGAUGCGGUGGAGGCAGAGCUCAAGUCCAGCACCGUGGGUCUCGUGACCCUGAAUGACAUGAAGGCCAAGCAGGAGGCUCUGGUGAAGGAGCGGGAGAAGCAGCUGGCCAAGAAGGAGCAGUCCAAGGAGCUGCAGAUGAAGCUGGAGAAGCUUCGAGAGAAGGAGCGUAAGAAGGAAGCCAAGCGGAAGAUCUCCAGCCUGUCCUUCACCCUGGAGGAGGAAGAAGAGGGCGGCGAGGAGGAAGAGGAGGCGGCCAUGUAUGAGGAGGAGAUGGAAAGGGAAGAGAUCACCACGAAGAAGAGAAAACUGGGGAAGAACCCAGACGUUGACACAAGCUUCUUGCCUGAUCGAGACCGUGAGGAGGAGGAGAAUCGGCUUCGGGAAGAGCUGCGGCAGGAGUGGGAAGCCAAGCAGGAGAAGAUCAAGAGCGAGGAGAUCGAGAUCACCUUCAGCUACUGGGAUGGCUCUGGGCACCGGCGGACAGUCAAGAUGAGAAAGGGCAACACCAUGCAGCAGUUCCUGCAGAAGGCGCUCGAGAUCCUUCGGAAAGACUUCAGUGAGCUGAGGUCCGCGGGGGUGGAGCAGCUCAUGUACAUCAAGGAGGACUUGAUCAUCCCGCACCAUCACAGCUUCUACGACUUCAUCGUCACCAAGGCACGGGGGAAGAGUGGGCCGCUCUUCAACUUUGAUGUUCAUGACGAUGUGCGGUUGCUCAGUGACGCCACCGUGGAGAAGGAUGAGUCACACGCAGGCAAGGUGGUGCUGAGGAGCUGGUACGAGAAGAACAAGCACAUUUUCCCCGCCAGCCGCUGGGAACCCUACGACCCUGAAAAGAAGUGGGACAAGUACACGAUCCGCUGAGCGUCCAGGAGGCUACGCGGCCCCAGCUCCUUAGCUCCCGGGACUCCAGGCACCCGCUCCCCUGCGACCAUGCCAGGCACACUGGGAGGAGGAUGGCAGCUGCUCGUGUCCUGCCCCUGGCCCGUCAGUGACUGCUUUAUUCUUUUCCAAUAAAGAAGUGCGCAUGUCAGAGCUGGAGCGCCUGCAGUGUG